UGAUAGUGACCUACACCAUUGCAAUGCAGCCCUGUAGGUGGACACGUUGCGAAACAUGCACGCGGAAACUUGCGUGCCCACGUCUCCGGGAUCCAGGGCAGGCUGUCGAUCUCCAACAUGGCGGCGUUAGCAGCUAAGAAGAAGGGGAAUAAGAAGGUGAAGACCCUAUCUCUGACUGACUUCCUUGCUGAUGACAAGGGGGGCAAUGCUCCCACAAGUUACGCUCCCACCAAACCCGCUAGCAGCUGGGCAGACGAGACCGAUGACCUGGAAACAGAGGUGUCCACCUCCUGGCAUACAGAGGAGGAUAUGUACAGGGCCCCGGCCAUCGACCGCUCCAUCCUGCCCACAGCACCCCGUUCAGCCCGGGAGCCAAAUGUUGACCGCUCCCGUAUCCCACGUGGUCCCCCUUACACCGCCUUCCUGGGCAACUUGCCCUACGACGUCACUGAGGACUCAAUCAAGGACUUCUUCAGGGGUGUGGGGAUCAGUGCCGUGCGUCUUCCUAGAGAGCCCAGUAACCCAGAGAGGCUGAAGGGUUUUGGCUAUGCUGAGUUUGAUGAUGUGGAAUCCCUCCUGAGUGCCUUGAGUCUAAAUGAAGAGAACUUGGGAAAUAGAAGAAUCCGUGUGGACAUUGCAGACCAGUCUAAUGACAAAGGGAGGGAUAAUCACUCCAUGGGUGGCCGGGACAGGGACCGGGGGGGAGACUUUGGCCCAGACAAGACAGACUGUGAUGACUGGAGGGCACCUCGGCCCAGUGGAGGAGAGAGUGACGACGGGCCGCCUCGGAGAGACGACGCCUUUGGAGACCGAUCACGGGACCGCUACGAGUCAGACAGGCCCAGAGGAGAUGAUCGCUACGGAGGGGGCCAGGACAGGUUCAGGGAUCGCUAUGAUGACCGGGAUCGCAGAGAUGACAGAGGAGGUGGUUUUGGUGGUGGUGGUCGCAGGGCAUUUGGCACUGGUUACAGGCGCGAUGAGGGAGGACAGGAUAGCUACCGGCAGGAUAGCUACCGGUCGGAUAGCUACCGACGGGAUGACUACCGGGUUAGUGGGGAUCGUUAUGGUGACCGUGGUAGUGAUCGAUACGAGAGACGGGAGGAAAGCCGGGAUGACAGAGGUGCUGUCGAGAGGCCCAAGUUGAUCCUGAAGCCCCGUAGCGUACCCAAAGAGAUGGAGCAGAGCAACACCCCGUUUGCCCCCUCAGGCAGGGCUGCCUCCAUCUUCGGCGGGGCUAAGCCAGUGGACACGGCCGCCAAGGAGAGAGAGGUCGAGGAGAGGCUGAAGAGGGAACAGGAGAAACUGCAGCGACAGCUAGAGGACAGGAUCCCAGACCGCAAGCCCAGAGAGAGGCACCCCAGCUGGCGCAGUGAGGACCAACCUGCAGAACGCUCUCGGACGGGCAGCGAGUCUUCCCAACCAGGCAGCCAGUCUGGCAGAGCCUCCAAGCGCAGGGAGAGCGAGCGCUCGGUGGACAGUGGUCGUGAAGAGGAGCCCUCCUCCCCUGUGACCCUGCCCCCUCCCAGGCUGGACGGGCAGCCCCUGAAGGUAGUGUUUGCCCCGCCCCCCAAGGAGAACGCCUGGGCCAAGAGGACCAUGCCCGUUGGGGGCUCCAGUGAGGGCUCGGCUGGGCAACCUGUCGCCCCCAGCAGUGAGACAGCCCCACAGCUCACCAGGUGGGUGUAUAGCAAUCACAACCUCUGGCCUGCACGGACCUCUAGGAUUAUUUGAGAAACUCCUCAAGCUUAGCUGAUGAGGCAAAUAAAAAAGAGGUCGAGCUCAGCGAAUAAGUACAGUAUGCAGCCUUGCUAUAAUGGACGCAGACCCACAUGACAAUAUGGAGGACAAUGCAGACAGACGUGGAAUGAAAGAAGUGAAGAUGUUUGAUGCCAAAAGAGUGAGAUCUCUGCUCUGCACCACAACCUGGCUGGAGCAGCACUACAGCUCCCUUCCUGCUAACCUGCUUCAAUAGAAACCCACCCCACAGUGCUGACUGGCUGCACCAUCAGGACUGUACCUAAACAUAGAGAAAUAAUGACUGGUUUUAAGUAAAAGAGACUGGAGGUUGAAGUUUUAAUCAUUAUAACAAUUUUGAAAGGUGGGGUUGAGAAAACAUGUAUUGCUACGGGCGUCGUCGCCACCCACCACCAGUCUAAAUGCUGGACUAUGUAAGCUGUCUGAGCUCUGUAAGCCUGGUUAUGCUAAUGAUGGAGCGCCUGUGUCCAAGAGGGACAGACAAGAGUUUUAAUAAAAGAAAACAGACAGUCUCCUUAUUUUAGGGGGCUUUGCUGACAUACCUUAACUUCUUUUUGACUAUGAGGGAAGCAAUGUUUGUGUUCCUCUGAUCAUCAUGUAUAGCAGUCAUUAGCUGCUUCUUUCCAGGGUCUUUCCCAAUACACCGUCAAUGGCUUCCUGCUUCCUUCACAGAAAGGAACCGCUUCCUUGUCUCAUCCGGACCUGCCUGGAGGUCAAUGCCAAGGCAACCAUGUCAUGGAAAAUCAUAUGAGCUGUGUGAUAAAUGUUUUGGAGGCAUGCUCUUCACUCACUCUUAUCCAUGUGCCAAGUGUUGACUGGCAUUUAAUGCAGAGGAUGUUUGUAUGUAACCCCACUAUCACAUGUAACUGAAGGAGAUCUCAUUAAAUGUUUCUGGAUGUU